GUGAAUACAUGCAUGUGAUGUGUGGACACGAGCUGUUAUAGACCUCCAGCCGUUACCGAUACGCUCACAAUUGCAUGUAAUCAUUAAAAAAACACAUUUACUUGUGAUUAGUGACGUCCUGCGGCUUCUGAGGGAGAAACGGAGAGACUUCAGAUAUGAGGAGAGCGAUUGUGUUGGCUGUGAUCUCCAGUCUGGGAUGGAUGUACCUGGCCGAGGCUCAGUUCCCCCGAGUCUGCUGCACCGUGGAGGCCAUCGUGUCUAAAGAGUGCUGUCCCGCGCUGGGAUCGGAUCCGGGGAACGUGUGCGGGGUCCUGUCCGGCCGGGGAAACUGCAGCGAGGUGCGUGUGGACUCCAAACCCUGGGGAGGACCGUACAGGUUAAGAAACGUGGAUGACCGCGAGAGAUGGCCCACCAAGUUUUUCAAUCGCACCUGUCGAUGCUUUGGGAACUUUGCAGGUUAUAACUGUGGCGAGUGUAGAUUCGGCUGGACGGGGCCGAGCUGUGACCAGCGCAGGGCUGCUGUCGUGAGGAAGGACAUUCACUCUCUGAGUCCCGCCGAGCUGCAGGAGUUCCUGGACGUCCUGGACCGGGCCAAAACCACCGUCCACCCUGAAUACGUCAUCGCCACACAGCACUGGCUCGGCCUGCUGGGACCCAACGGCACCCAGCCGCAGUUCAACAACAUCUCCAUCUACGACUUCUUCGUCUGGCAGCACUACUACUCUGUCCGGGACACAUUACUAGGUCCAGGACGUCCUUUUAAAGCCAUCGACUUUUCCCACAAGGGUCCGGCGUUCAUCACCUGGCACAGAUACCACCUGCUCAGUCUGGAGAGAGAGCUACAGAAACUCACAGGUAAUGAGAACUUCGCCGUCCCGUACUGGAACUUCGCGACGGGUCGGACGGAGUGUGACGUGUGCACAGACUCUCUGCUCGGAGGACGGGACCCCGCUGACCCGUCCCGCAUCAGCCCGCGCUCCAGGUUCGCCCGCUGGGGAGUGGUGUGUGACAGUCUGGAUGAAUAUAACCUUCUGGUGACCCUGUGUAAUGGGACCAGCGAGGGAUCUCUGCGCAGAGGAGUCACGGAGAGCACUAACGUGACUUUACCAACCAUGAACGACGUCAGAAGUUGCCUGAACCUCCGAGACUUCGACAGUCCACCGUACUUCACCAACUCCAGCUUCAGCUUCAGGAACGCACUGGAAGGAUACGAUAAGCCGGACGGAGAGCUGGACAGCUCUGUGAACAAUCUGCACAACCUGGUUCACCAGUUCCUCAACGGGACCAGCGCUCUGUCCCACUCCGCCGCCAACGACCCAAUCUUUCUGGUGCUUCAUACAUUCACCGAUGCCAUAUUCGAGGAAUGGAUGAGACGCUCCCGUGAAAACGCCAGCUUCCCAGAUGAGAUGGCCCCUAUCGGACACAACCGGCAUUACAACAUGGUCCCCUUUUUCCCACCUGUGACCAACGAGGAGAUCUACGUCGCUUCUGAACAGCUGGGAUAUUCCUACGCCAUUGAGCUCGAAGAAACAGACAGCAGGCCGUCCAUGUUUCUGCUGGGCAGCACGCUGGGAGGAAUCUUCCUCGGUCUGCUCCUGCUUCUGUUUCUGUCAGUGCUGUAUGUGCAGCAGAGGAAGAGACGCGAGUUUCAGCCUCUCCUGAACACAGAGUUCACCACCACAAGAUACACAGAGGAAGCCUAAUUCACAUCAGCAGCCCUGUCCCGAACCCUCAUGCCCUGAUCCAGACGGUGCAUGCAGAGCCAAACAUGAAGAUGAUUGCAAAAAUUCACUAAAAUCACAAACUCUGCUGGUGGUUAGAGAGGAGCGAUGAAUCAACGAGUCUGCUGAAUUUGUUUAAGACCCCAUGCAAAUGAAAAGGGCACAUAUUUAUAUACCCUACAGUUCAAACGUUUGGGAUUAGUACGAUUUUUAUUUUCAGCAAGGAGGCAUUAAAUUGAUAAAAAAGUGACAGUGAAGAUGUAUACUGUUCUUUUCAACGUUGUUCUUAUAUAAAACAGUAAAUCAUCAUAUUUUCAUGAUUUCUGAAGAUCAUGUGACACUGAAGACUGGAGGAAUGAUGCUGAAAAUACAGCGGAGCAUCACAGAAAUAGAUUAUAUUUAAAAACAUAUUCACGUAGAAAAUAGCUACUAUAAAUUGUAAUAAUAUUUCAUAAUUUGUACACUAUUUUUGAUCAAAUGAAAGCAGCCUUGGUGAGCACUGAAGAUAAAAUCGUAUUGACCCCAAAAUGUUUGAACAAUAUCGUGUAUCUUUGAUUUUUAAAACCUUGGCUUCAUUUUUGUUUGUCAUUUUCUUAAUAAACUUACUGGAGUUUAAUUGUCAUUUUCAUAUUUUUACAUUUCUAAAACAUGAUUCCUUUAUAUGCUAGAGGUAAAAUGUCUGUGCCAUUAGUUUUAAGUUUACAGAAGUUCGUUUGUCAUAUGAUGCUUUAUGUAAAGAGCAGAUUAAAAUAUCUGUUAUUUUAAAUAUUUUCCUGCCGGUUUGAGCUCACAAAUCUCAUUCAUGUGACCGAUCACUGAAAACACAACGGACAAUAAGAGCUGUGUCAGAGAAGAUUAACAGUAGUGAUUUGAGUCUGUUCUCAGACACGCUGCUUAACAGCUUUGUGUUUCAUGCAACGGAGAAAACAAUAGAGCUAUAGUAAAUGAUCACAUAAUAUUGAUUUCUGGGUGAAUUAUUCCUGUUAAUGCAAAUAAACUCAUGAACUCUGUAAAGCAAUCACACCACAGAUUGAAAAUCACAUUCUUAAUUUAAUAAAUAUUUAAUAAUGA